AUGUGGCUGCUGCUGCUGGUGGCCCUGUGCCUGUCCCAGGGCCUGGGAAGUGCCAUCCCCACUGAGGAAGAAUUCCACAACCCUGAGAGGUUCAUGAACAUUAGCCAGAAGAUCCGUUUCCAGGGCUAUCCCAGCGAGGAGUACGAGGUGACGACAGAGGACGGCUACAUCCUCAGCCUCAACCGGAUCCCCCAUGGCAGAAACGCACCCAGGACACCCGUGCUGAUCGUGCACGGGUUUUGUUUGGAUGGUGGUGACUGGGUGGACAAUCUCCCCGACAACAGCCUGGCCUUCAUCCUCGCGGACGCGGGAUACGACGUCUGGAUCGGGAACAACCGCGGCAACAGCUGGUCCCGUGGGCAUCUGGACCUUUCUGUCCACGAGGAGGCAUUUUGGGACUUCAGCUUCCACGAGAUGGCCAUCUACGAUCUCCCUGCCAUGGUGGGCUUCAUCAUAAUGCAGACCGAGCAGGAGAGACUGUUCUACAUCGGCCACGCUCAGGGCAGCUCCCUGGGUUUCAUAGCGUUUUCCAGCCUGCCACACCUGGGUGAGAAGAUCAAGCUCUUCUUUGCUCUGGCUCCUGGGUACACCUUGAGCCACGUCAGAAGCCCCGUGUUAAAGGCACUGCUUCUACCAGACGCGGUGCUGAAGCUAAAAUUUGGAACCAAGGAGCUGAGCCUGGUGAGCAGGAAGGACAGAGCUUCCCGGGCUGAGAAGUGCAUCAGAUUUCCAGUAGAGGAAAUCUGUGAAAAUGAGAUCUUCCUCAUCGGCGGGUACAACAGGAAGAACUUGAACAUGACUGCCAAAAGUGGGCACUUCAGGCAGUUUGACUACGGGUUCCUGAAGAACCAGGAGAAGUACAACCAGUCCACCCCGCCCUUUUACCGGAUAGAGGACAUGACGGUGCCGGUGGCCGUGUGGAGCGGGGGGGAGGACUGGGUGAACACCCCCAAGGAGACCCAGCAGCUGCUCCGCCGCCUCACCAACGUCAUCCAGCACAAGCAGCUCCACGACUGGAACCACUUCGACCCCCACUGGGGCCAGGACGCCCCGCAGCGCCUGUACAGCCAGAUCCUCUUCCUCAUGGGCCAGCAUUCAUGA